AUGUUCAUCUUCUUUAACCUCCUAUCUCCCCAUUUUCAUUCAUUUUCCAGCUUUUUCAUUCAUUUUCCAGCUUUUUCAUUCAUUUUCCAGCUUUUUCAUGCACUUUCCAGCUUUUUCAUUCACUUUCCCGCUUUUUCAUUCACUUUCCCGCUUUUUCAUUCACUUUCCCGCUUUUUCAUUCACUUUCCCGCUUUUUCAUUCAUUUUCCUCCCCUAUACUCUUUCUCUCCUACUAUCUCUUUCCUUUUCUUUUGUAUUUUCUUUCCAACUGUUUCCUAGUCUCUUUCUUCCUUGUUUCUCUUUUUGCUUCUUUCUUUAUAUUUUUUCUUUCCUUUCUCAUUCCUUUCUUUGUUUUUUUUCUUUUCCCUUUGAUUUUAUUUCCCUUCAUUUUUACCCCAUCUACAUUUACCAUGAACCUUUAUUCCUCUGCCUUAUUCUCCCUCCUCUUCUCACCACUCUCUCCCUUUCCUCUGCCCUACUCUCUACUUUCUAG